AUGGAGCUACGCGUUGGGAAUAAGUACCGGCUCGGACGGAAAAUCGGGAGCGGUUCCUUCGGCGACAUUUAUCUAGGCACCAACAUCUCCACCGGCGAGGAAGUCGCCAUCAAAUUAGAAUGUAUAAAAACGCGGCAUCCGCAGUUGCACAUAGAAUCGAAGUUCUACAAGAUGAUGCAAGGUGGUGUUGGUAUACCUACCAUAAAAUGGUGUGGUUCAGAAGGUGACUACAAUGUAAUGGUAAUGGAGUUGCUUGGCCCAUCGCUGGAGGAUCUGUUUAAUUUUUGUUCAAGAAGAUUUUCCUUGAAAACAGUGUUGCUUCUGGCUGAUCAAUUGAUAUGUCGAACGGAUUACAUUCACAGUCGCAAUUUUAUACACCGAGAUAUCAAGCCAGACAAUUUUUUGAUGGGACUAGGAAAGAAGGGAAAUUUAGUGUAUAUUAUAGACUUUGGGUUGGCUAAAAAGUAUCGCGACGGCCGUACUCACAAACACAUACCGUAUCGAGAAAACAAGAAUUUGACGGGAACGGCCAGAUACGCGAGUAUCAAUACACAUUUGGGAAUUGAACAAUCACGGCGAGAUGACCUUGAAUCCUUAGGGUAUGUUCUUAUGUACUUUAACAGAGGUAGCUUACCUUGGCAAGGCUUGAAAGCAGCGACUAAAAGACAAAAGUACGAGCGUAUAUCUGAAAAGAAAAUGUCCACGCCCGUCGAGGAAUUGUGCAAGGGUUACCCUGUAGAGUUCGCCUCGUACCUAAGGUAUUGCCGAGGAUUGAGAUUCGAAGAGAGGCCGGAUUAUUCGUACCUACGGCAACUAUUCCGGACAUUGUUCCACGGUGAGGGUUUCACUUACGAUUACGUGUUCGAUUGGAACAUGUUGAAGUUCGGUAACGUCAGGCAGCAAACGUUGUCGUCGACGCAACAGGCACCGAUGCAGUCGCAACACACGAACGCGGCCCUGCCUUCUGGGACCAAUAACGAUCAGGAACAUCGAUCUAGGCCCUACACACGGCAGUGUUUGGCAAACGCAUCAGUGGGAACGGUGGGCCCGACCGUGGGAGGAACAGCGACGAAUCUACGAAGCCUGCGACAGAAACGCGAGGCGAUAGACGCUCUUCGCGAUCAGGACAAUCAGGACAAGAGCGAUCUUCAAGCAUCGGGAGCCGGUUUGCAGGAACGAAGGGUCAGCAUGAGGUUGCAUCGCAGGGAUGCAGCUGCAGGGGAAAUGCAGCCGAAGACCAAACAAAAUCAUCAUCGACGGCUGGACGACGGGUGUCGGGCGUCGAAAGUCGGGCACGCGCGAAACCGCGAGCUUCUUCAAGCGGACAAAGCCGCUAAGUUGAAGACGAACCGUUCCUUGCACCUACCGAUUCCCUUCGAGCCGAACCUGAAGAAAACCAGUCAGAGUCAGGCUCCUUUGCGCUAACACUCCGACCUCGACGACUUCCCAAUAAGUACAACCGUCUUCAUCUUCCCUAAGCGAAUAAAAAAAAAACAAAAAAAAAAAAACUAAAAGAGAAUCAGACGACUCAAACCGCGUAGCUUGUAAGUUAAGACGAAAAGAUGAUAAAAUUCACACGGUUGUGCUGUUUCGUAUCGUAUGUAAGAGAAACACCAUCAUCAGACGCAAUAUAUUGAUCGAGCCAGGGGCGUGUUUAGAGUCGCAAGAUCGUCGAAAGUUAAUCAACAUUUUAAAAUGAAAAUCGUUUUUGUUAGUAUUUUAAUUUUGUUUUUCUAGAUAAGUUUUAUUCUGUACAGAGAAAAAUUUGGAGAUAUAUUUUACAAGUUUCGACCCUCUAAAUAAGACUUCUAGAUUCCGUCCCUGGAUCGAGCGUACUGUACCAGCGCGACCUUGGGUUUUCCAUCGCGUACAAAUUCGAUCGUAAAUCAAUUUAUUCAUUAACAUACCACGUCUCUUCCUCUCCCUCUAUGCUUCUCCUUUUUUAUUUUUAUUUUUUUUUUUUAUUAUACAUGAUUAUUGAGAUAUUGAAGCAAGAGUCGAGCCACUUGAUUUUGAUUCUGUUCGCAGAUGACAUUAUACAGUCCGUACCUGAACCGACGUGUGAAAAUUGUAAGAUCGAAAAUGUGGAAUAAAAUUUGUUUGCAUAUGACAUCAUUUUUAUUUUCAGAUUAGUUUGGGUAUUUGAUUUUGCAAUUCAUAGAGAUGCAAAACAGGAGAUAUGGAAAAAAUGAAAAAUGUAUGUUUAUGGAGUACACUUCACUGUACGCUGACACAGUUGACCUCAAUGUGAAAAUAUUUCUCUUCUUAUUGAGUAAUCGUGCGAUAAGAGGAUACAACAAAAUUAGAAUAUUAAUUUCAUUCACUUUGAAAUAUUAGUUUCCACUUACAAAAUUAAUAUAUUUAUUAAUGUCACAUGAAAUUUUUAUAAGUUCAUAUAAUAAGUCAAAAAAAAAAAAAGAGUAUUUCAUUCCACAUUUUCUAUAUCCAUAUUUACGCGUGAAAUAUCUUCAGGAGAGUAUCAGCGAUGAACAGUAUCAAAAUUCAUUUUCCUCAUUUAUUCUGUGUCUAGUAUGUGGGUGCGAGUGUUCCCUGUCCCGUAUCUUUGCAUCUGAUCUUUAAGCGUGUGUAUCUGUGAAAUUAUGUGUGGUCAGAUCGAGGGAAAGGAGAGAGAGAGAGGUUGUUAUUUCUCGUCGAAAUCGUGGUCCCAGAAUAUAAACAUUUCUUUCUUUAUUGUAAAUGUUCGAACUUUUUGAUUACUCGUUCUGGAAAUUAAUACCUCGACGACCACCAUGGACGACGAGAACGAAGAAUUUCAUUUUUAGCGUAACAAUUGCCUUGACUCUUCAAAUUUUGUUGAGUGAGUUAAAUUAGAGUAAGAGGGAAGAGAGGAUAAACGGAUGAAUGUCUGAGAAAUGUUGUUUUGUAGAGAAAAAAAAAAAAAAAAAAAAACGAAAGCGUUGAGAAGAGAUCGAUAUUAAUAAUCAAUAUCAGUUCCAAUUUCAGGUCCAUGAAGUAAUAUCGAAACGAUCGACACAUCCUGUUAACCCGUUCUCCUUCUCUUCCCUUGAUUAUCGUGUUGUAUAAAGUAUCGUGGACGCGUUGCAUACAAACAAACAUAAAAUCUGAAAAACAAAAAAACGUGAUAUAAAAAAAAAGGUUAUAUAUAUUAUACAAAUAUAUAUUAUACCGACACGUGUUUUUCUAUGUAUUUUUUUCAUAGGAUAUUAAUAAUGCUAUUAUUAUUAUUAUUACUAUUUACCAAUUAACUAUUACUAUUAAACUAUUACCAUUACUACCGCUGCUGCUGUUGCUGCUCUAAUCGCUAAUCACACUAUUUACUAUUGUUGUGACUUGUAUAAAGAUACUCGAUCGUAAUGAUCUACUCGAGAAGGUUCAAUAUAGAUCUCCUUUGACGAUCAAGGAAAUGAAAUCGUACGAUCUUUGCGUAUCACGAUCUCCUUCAUUUUUUGUUUCUAUGUUCUUCGAUUUAUCACUAAUGCGGAUAUAAGUGGAUUGGGUGAGAAUCGUAGAUUCUUUAUGCAAAACGAAAACGAAAAGUCCUUUACCGUUUUGUAAAUAGUGACCUAUUUUACGAGAUAUAAGGGAUUACUGAUCAGCUGUUCGACUUCGUGGGCGCCAUCUUGAAAACCCGUACUCCGGAAGUCGGAUGAGCAAUCUUUAAUCGCUUGUAUCUUGAAAACGAAGCUACGGAUUGAAAAAUUGUCAAAAAUUUUAGGUGAAUUCUAAUAACCUUUAGUUGCGUAAAAAAAAAAAUUGUAAAAAAGUAGUUAUUGAAUUCUACGAUUCUACGAAGGUGAGGAAAACUUUCCGAUUACGAAACAUUAUGGAAAACGACGCACGGUCACGAAGGAUUGACAUAAAUAUUUUAUUCAUACGGUGAAUGAUGUCGAAACUUGCGUCGAUAAGACCUCAACGAUACAUUCGAACUCACGUUGAUAUUAUUUAGCAAUGUCGCUAGUGAUUAUUCUUUAACAAAUAUUUUAUGAUGAUUCUUAUUACUCUUAAGAUUUCGUGUUAAUUUUAUGUAAGUUGAUACUUGUUACGACAUGUAAUAUUUAGAUAUCGAUGAUUGUUGUUUAAUAUUAACGUUUCGACCUCUUCUAUCGUUGAGUUCUUUAUAUUUCUCGUUUAAUUCGCGUCAUCUUUUUUCUUCGAAAGUUUUACUCGAAUCAGACUUCGUUGAACGUAGAGGAAACAAACACUGCCAGCGACGAACGGAAGUCUUACACCCACUACUGAAAGAUACGCAGAGAAUUAUUCAAUUAGACGAUUCUUUCUCUCGUAUCGUCCCUAUUUUAACCUCUUGCACUUUGAAAUCAGCUUUUCUUUUAAGAAUUACGUUAGUUACGUUAGAAAUUGUAGUGCAAAAGGUUAAUAUAAUGGCAUACCUUCUCCAAGUGAUCAUUACGAUUUUCUUUUUUCAAUGAAACUUAAUUUGCGCCACGCGAACCGCGUCGAAUCUUCAAAAAUGAUCAAAUUUGAAAUAAAAAAUGAAUACUUGUCCUUGUUUAUCGUUGCGUGCAAACGAAAAGUGAGAGAGAAAGCUAUAAAUUUAAGUAUGUUACCUUGAAAUAUUAUGGACGUGUGUAUAGAACAAGAUAGUUUUGCAAAAAUGUGUCGAUCGAAGGAUUCGACAAAAAUCUAAGAUAGAAUUGAAUUUAAAAGAAAGAAAGAAAAGAAAAUGAUCUCGCGCGAUUGAUUUUGCUCGGCCUAGUGAAGCUUCUUCUUCUUCUUUUUCUUCUUCUUCGUCUUAAUCAUCUUCUUGAGACUAAAGGAGCCUAUCGAGAAGCACGAGACUUCUUGAACGCAGAGAGAAGAAUCGUGAAAAGAAAUGAGAGAACAUAUUGUAAAUUGUGGUAUCCGGGUCAGAGGCGUCACGACGAUCACGGCAUCGAGGUAUAUAUAUGUAUAAUUCGCGAUUAACACGUUGACUGCCACGGGGUCACUGAUGAUCGAUGCUAUGAAUUCACUUCGGUCAAAUAAACUAAAAGAUAUACUGAAUAUAUAUCAUCCUGCAGUGAUUCGAAAUAUUUAAUUGAAGCAAUAAAUUAAAGAAUUAAUUUUUUAAUAUCUUUAGUAAUCCAUGUAUCUACUGUGACAGUCAACGUGAUUUAAUUCUUUGCAGUCGAAAGCUGUUGAAAAAUUAACUGUUCCAGUCAUUUUUGGCUAUGAAAUUGCUAUAAAAUCGAUUGGUAUUGGUCGUGUUGCAGACUGCAAAGGGUUAGACUUGUAUUUUAAUAAAUAUCUAUGCUAAUCGAAGUUUGUAUAUGUAUAUACAAUUACUGUAUCCAAGGGAGAACUACUGUAAAAUGAUAAUGUUGAGCGUGUCUGUGAAUGUGUACAUGGCGUUAAGUGUAUUUGAUCUUUGAUCCUCUUCGAAUCGUUUGAUCACGAUCAGCUGAAAUGCCUGAAGAAACGAAGUAACAUCGACAGAAAAGACGAGAGUAUUUAUAAGUUGUCUUCGUGUGCUGUACACCCGCUUGCAACGUAGUCUUUCCUUAGUCGAGAGAAAGUUCAGAGGGAGGAGCCUUCUACAACCACGCCUUCAAUCUUGGCGUAUUGUAAUUUUCUACGUGAGAGAAGGGGGCGUGGCUAAACGGCCGACGGGAGCCGAACAUGGCCGAAGUUGAAGCACGAGUGAAGGAAGGGCGUGGUAGUAGGAAGCUCCUCCCCUUUAAUCAAGAUUAGUCGACGUUGCAGGCGACUGUACACUAUUAGAAAAGUGAAGCGUUUGCAAAUGGUCGUUGAAAUAUCUCUUUUUAUUCCGUUGGUAGUUUUCGUUGCAGUCUAGUAUAAAUUCCUCAUUACCAUAUACACACACACAAACAAACACACGUACACACAAAACUGUCUCUUGCCAUCUUCGAGAACCGGUCGUUUCUCUAGAAUUCACGUUUUCUUUCUUUGUAGGUUGAUGAAAAGCACGAGCGGCUAACCGAACAGACGGUAGCGGGUCUACCCACGGAUUUAAUCGUCGAGUUAAUUCCGUUGGCGAGAAGAAUCUCUUUUAGCCAGGCCGACCAUGAAACACAAACACGAAUUCCCUGCCUUCCUUUUUUACGAUCCUUUGCCUUCCCUUCGUGGAAUCUGUUCUCGCCAUGUGUAACACACAUUCGUCGAUGCUUUUCUUUCUUUAACCCUUUCGUUGCGAGAAAACAGCUGACAUUUGAGAUUUCUUAUCACGAAUAACGUAAAAAUGUGCAAUAGAGUUCGGUUACAGGAUGAUUCAUAAAUGGCGUGGUAAUAAUUCAGGGGGAUGAACGUACACAUAUAUACAUGUUGUUUGAACAUAAUCACGUUGUACAUGUUGUAGUUUCUGUAAAAUAGUCGUUUUCGUUAUGGUAGUCAGUGUGCUAUUGAACUAAGUUUUUCAGAAACAUCAUUUUAAUUAACGCAUUGACUACUAUAGCACCGAGUACUUUAUCGAAUACUUUACAACCGAUAGAUUAGAUUAAAAUAAUGAAUUAAGUUUUUCUAAUCUUGCGUUACUCAGAAACUAUAAUGUAUACGACGUACGUACGUUCGAAUAACAUUUUGUUUACUUGUUUUUUUAGUGUGUAGAUUCACCGCCUAAAGGAUAAUGCCGUACAAGUACGGCGUUCACAAGUGACGAGCGGUUUUCCAUGACGUAUAUAUACGUCGCACGCAGCGAAAUGGGUUAAACGCGUCGUAUAAGAUCUCCAAGGAUGGCAAGAGAUCACCGAUCGAAAAAGGAAGAUUAGCCCUGCGCUAAAAACCAAUCUGCAUUCGUCGAAAUUCAGAUCGACCGAUGAUUAAGAACAAGAGCGGACGAGAAAGUAAAAGAAAAAGAAAAUAUUCAUUUAUCCAUUAUUUUAAUGUAACGAGAUCGCUGCUGGAGUAUCGAUCCACUGGUGAUAUCCAUUUUCGUUUCUAUAAUUUCCAACUGACAAUUCAUUUUCUUGCCACGAUCUGCGGCAUCCUCAGUGGAUCGAGUAUCCUUACAGCAGGAUAUUCAAGCUUUCAUCUAUCUCCCAUAUUUUCUUUUCAUGCUUUUAGGGGUUCGUCAACUCCCAACUGAAGUGCAAUUGUAAAAAAAUUAACGUGGAACCAAAAUAGUUUGGUUGUUCUGUGUUGUUUUGCGAAGCCAACAAUGUUAAUCAUUUUUGUUAUAGAUUCGGAUGGCAACGUAGGCUUCUCUUGAUUAAAGAGAAAGAUAGCGUUUUUAAAGAAUUCUCUUAACUUUAAUUCUUCUUAAUUAAAGAGAAGCCCAAGUUGCACUGAAACCGUACGAUGAAUAAAUAAAUGCGAGCGUGUAUCAACAACGACAGAGACGCGAUUUCUCUCAGCGAGGAAAUAAUCAAAAAUUCUAUAGGCAGCUAAUCGAUAAGCGAUCGAACGCGAAGAGAAGAAUAGCGCAAAGGUGUAUUGAACAGAUAUGGUACGUUUCAUACGUGUUAUCGAUUUUAAUACUUGUACUCUAUCGAAUCGUAGGAUAUACAUAUACAUAAUAGUGAUUCUUAAUCUGCGACGUAAUAUCGUGUAUAUUUUGAAAUAAAACGAGAGACGCGGUUUGUAAUUAAUUUUUGAUAAACAGAAGAAGCGACACGACGACAACACAUCUCCUAAACGGAGGAGCAAGAAAAAUAGCGCAAUCAGGAUCAAUAUAAUUCUAUGUUUCUUUUCUUUUUUAUUAUUAUUAUUAUUACUAUUAUUCUUUUCUUUAGCGAGAUGAUUAAGAAUCGCUGGCGUAAAGGGUUCAUUUGAGAAGAAAAAAAGAAUGCUUCACACGCAGCUGAUUGAUAGCGAGAGAUUCGUACGUGAAUCGAAUGAAACGCAAGAGAAAAAAAAAAAAACAAAUGUGUG